CACGACUUUAUUGGCCGUGUGUCCAGGUGUAUAUAUAGGAAGCCACACCGGCCAGUUCAUCACUACCGCUGGCUCGGUGUUGUCUUGUGGAAAGAGGAGUAUCACUCGCUAUAAGGAUGGGCAUGAAGGAGACAGUGACGGCGAUGCUGUUGGCCCUGAUGGUGGCGAGGGCUACUGGUCAGUUCAGCGAGGGAUCACUCCACGGCUCGCUCAAUGCUGGCACGGACGAGAGUGACCGGAUUCUGCAGGAUGUCUUGUCGGAUGCUAAGAUCUCAGGCUUCGUCGACUGCAUGCUCGAUCCCUGGAACGAUGCGUGCGGCGAGCGAGCUCCUGUCAUGGCCAUUAUGAUCAAAUUUGCCCUGCGCGACAACCUGGAGUGCAAGGACUGCUCCGACAGAGUUUUCAAGCAGAUGAAGUUCAUUGUGAACCGCCUCAGGUCCCACCAGAGCCAGUGCGUCAGGUUGCUCCGUGGAGUCGGCUUCGAGAAAUUAGAAAACCAGUGUGUGUAGACCCCCGACCAUGAAGCAAACUAAACCUUCUGGAGGGAAUGAUAUGACACUUGAGUCGGUGUCAUUCUCUUAUUUUUGAUAUAGUUUUUACCAAAUGUGGGAGAAAAGAACGAAAAUAACAAAAAAACUAAAAAACUAAAACAAAAUUGGUGUGGGAUGACCUUAUACUUCAAACACAGUACACGGGUGAUGAGUUUUGCCGAGUGAAAGGAAGAGUGAAAGUUGCAGAAAACGUGGUGUUGCAUGCUUUGGAUGAUCAGGCAAAUGUACUGGAAUAAAGAAGUAAAAGUG